AUGGUUAGGAGCGAUAAUGGAACAGAGUUUCUUUGUUUGUCAUCUUUCUUUAGGGAAAAAGGUAUUGUCCAUCAAACGACUUGUGUGGGCACACCGCAACAGAAUGGUAGAGUGGAAAGAAAGCAUCUUCAUCUCCUCAAUGUUGCAAGAUCCUUGUUAUUUCAAGCUCAGUUGCCUACAAAAUUUUGGGUAGAAGCGGUCUUAAAUGCGGCACAUGUUAUCAAUUUGACGCCAACAAAACUGCUUCAUAAUAAAUGUCCGCAUGAGAUUCGGGACAAAGACAAGUUUGUUCCUCGUAGUAGAAAGUGUGUGUUUGUGGGGUAUCCGUACGGUAAGAAAGGUUGGAAAUUAUAUGAUUUGGAAAACAAUGAAUUUUUUGUCUCUCGUGACGUAAUAUUCAAGGAGGAUGAAUUUCCCUUCUCUGCUCAGCCAGAACCAGGACUGCCUCAUGAUGUUAUAUUCAACACAUGUGAUACUGAUUGGUUUGUCGAUGGGUCAGCAACUAUUGGAAUCAGGGGGAGUGUUAGUAACACCGAAAAUAGGGGGAGUCCCCAGGAUAGUGGUUUGGUUGGUAAUGUUGUUGAACCAGAAGUAGAAGAAGUUAGUCCAGCCGAACUUGAUGGUGCCAUUCUUGAAGUUGGUCCCAUUUUACCGUCUGGUUCGUCGGCGGUUGUUGAUGGUUCUACUGACCGGAACUUUGUUGUCUUGCAGCCCGAACCUGACAUGGGACAGGGCAAAUGUGCGAAAAUACCGUCUGUUCGUUUAAAAGAUUAUGUGUUAUACAACGCAGUGGCAAGUAACUCCGCUAAUCACGUUCUUCCCGACCUCUCCACCAGCGAUUAUUGUGACACGGUCCAAGGUACCUCUCUUUAUCCCCUCACUGAUUUUAUCACUGACGCUCGGUUUUCAUCUCGGCAUCAGGCGUUUCUUGCAGCCAUUAGUGCAGCGGUUGAGCCAUAA